UUUGCCUUCCUCCCCAUAGAUCUUGAGCCAGAUGAUUGUGCAUCCAUUUACAUCCUUAAUGUAGAUCCACCUCCAUCUACUUUAAACUCACCAUUUUGCUUACCACAUCAUGGAUUAACGUCUCACUCUUCUGUUUUGUCUCCAUCGUUUCCGCUCCAAGGUCACAAAAAUUAUGAAGGAACUUGUGAGAUUCCUGAAUCUAAAUAUAGCCCAUUAGGUGGUCCUAAACCUUUUGAGUGCCCAAGUAUUCAAAUUACAUCUAUCUCUCCAAACUGUCAUCAAGAAAUAGAUGCACAUGAAGAUGACCCACACAUAAAUGAUCCAGAAAGGGAAUAUUUAGAAAGGCCUUCUAGAGAUCAUCUCUAUCUUCCUCUAGAGCCAUCCUACCGGGAGUCUUCCCUUAGUCCUAGUCCUGCCAGCAGCAUCUCUUCUAGGAGCUGGUUCUCAGAUGCGUCUUCUUGUGAAUCUCUUUCACACAUUUAUGAUGAUGUGGAUUCUGAGUUGAAUGAAGCUGCAGCCCGGUUUACUCUUGGAUCCCCUCUGACUUCUCCUGGUGGCUCUCCAGGAGGCUGCCCUGGAGAAGAAUCUUGGCAUCAACAGUAUGGACUUGGACACUCCUUGUCACCCAGGCAAUCUCCUUGCCACUCCCCUAGAUCCAGUAUCACUGAUGAGAAUUGGUUGAGCCCCAGGCCAGCUUCAGGACCUUCAUCGAGGCCCACUUCUCCUUGUGGGAAGCGGCGGCACUCCAGUGCUGAAGUUUGUUAUGCUGGGUCUCUUUCACCCCAUCAUUCACCUGUUCCUUCUCCUGGUCACUCCCCUAGGGGAAGUGUAACAGAAGAUACCUGGCUCAAUACUUCUGUCCAUAGUGGAUCAGGCCUUGGCCCUGCACUUUUUCCAUUUCAGUAUUGUGUAGAGACUGAUAUCCCUCUGAAAACAAGGAAGACUUCUGAAGAUCAAGCUACCAUAUUACCAGGAAAAUUAGAGCUCUGUUCAGAUGAUCAAGGGAGUUUAUCACCCUCCCGGGAGACUUCAAUAGAUGAUGGCCUUGGAUCUCAGUAUACUUUAAAGAAAGAUUCAGCUGGUGACCAAUUUCUUUCAGUUCCUUCACCCUUUACAUGGAGCAAACCAAAGCCUGGCCACACCCCUAUAUUUCGCACAUCUUCAUUACCUCCAUUAGACUGGCCUUUACCAACUCAUUUUGGACAAUGUGAACUGAAAAUAGAAGUCCAACCUAAAACUCAUCAUCGAGCCCAUUACGAAACUGAAGGUAGCCGAGGGGCAGUAAAAGCAUCUACUGGGGGCCAUCCUGUUGUGAAGCUCCUGGGCUACAGUGAAAAGCCAAUAAAUUUGCAGAUGUUUAUUGGAACAGCAGAUGAUCGAUAUUUACGACCUCAUGCAUUUUAUCAGGUGCAUCGAAUCACUGGGAAGACAGUUGCUACUGCAAGCCAAGAGAUAAUAAUUGCCAGCACAAAAGUUCUGGAAAUUCCACUUCUUCCUGAAAAUAAUAUGUCAGCCAGUAUUGACUGUGCUGGUAUUUUGAAGCUCCGCAAUUCAGAUAUAGAACUUCGAAAAGGAGAAACCGAUAUUGGCAGAAAGAAUACUAGAGUACGACUUGUGUUUCGUGUACACAUCCCACAACCCAAUGGAAAAGUCCUUUCUCUACAGAUAGCUUCUAUACCUGUUGAGUGCUCACAGCGGUCUGCUCAAGAACUUCCUCAUAUUGAGAAGUAUAGCAUCAACAGCUGCUCUGUAAAUGGAGGUCAUGAAAUGAUUGUGACUGGAUCUAAUUUUCUUCCAGAAUCCAAAAUCAUUUUCCUUGAAAAAGGACAAGAUGGACGACCUCAAUGGGAAGUAGAAGGGAAAAUAAUCAGGGAAAAAUGUCAAGGGGCUCAAAUUGUCCUUGAAGUUCCUCCAUAUCAUAACCCAGCAGUUACAGCUGCAGUGCAGGUGCACUUUUAUCUUUGCAAUGGCAAGAGGAAAAAAAGCCAGUCUCAACGUUUUACUUACACACCAGUUUUGAUGAAACAAGAACACAGAGAAGAGAUUGAUUUGUCCUCUAUACCAUCUUUGCCUGUGCCUCAUCCUGCCCAAACUCAGAGGCCUUCCUCUGAUCCAGGGCAUCCACAGGACAGUGUACUGUCAGCACAGAGAAGCUUGGUGUGUCCUAUCCAGCAAGCAUAUGCAUCCAUGGUAACUUUAUCCCAUCUGCCACAGUUGCAGUGUAGGGAUGAGAGUGCUGGUAAAGAACAGCAUAUGAUACCUUCUCCAGUUGUACACCAGCCUUUUCAAGUCACACCAACACCUCCUGUGAGGUCUUCCUAUCAGCCUAUGCAAGCUAAUGUGUACAACGGACCAACUUGUCUUCCUAUUAAUGCUGCCUCUAGUCAAGAAUUUGAUCCGGUUUUGUUUCAGCAGGAUGCAGCUGUUCCUAAUUUGGUAAAUUUUGGCUGUCAAACACUGUCAUCCAUACCAUUUCAUUCUUCAAAUUCAAGCGCAACAGGACAUCUCUUAGCACAUACACCUCAUUCUGUGCAUACCCCAUCUCACCUGCAGUCAUUGGGAUACCAUUGUUCAAAUACAGGACAGAGAUCUCUUUCUUCUCCAGUGGCCAACCAGGUCACAGGUCAGCCUCCCCCUCAGUUACAAGCUAUUACAUACCAUCCUUCACAUUCAGGGUCAGCUACAUCAGCUUCCUCAGCAUCCUCUUGUCCCCUGGCUAGUUCACCACUCUCUGGACCACCAUCUCCUCAGCUGCAGCCUAUGCCUUACCAAUCUCCUAGCUCAGGAACUGCCUCAUCACCAUCUCCAGACACCAGAAUGCAUUCUGGACAGCACUCAGCUCAAGCACAAGGUACAGACCAGGGAGAUCUUUCUGCAUCUUCAUCCUUAAUAUGUCACAGUUUGUGUGAUGCAGCUUCGUUUCCACCUGAUGGGGCAACCGUGAGCAUUAAACCUGAACCUGAAGAUCGAGAGCCUCACUUUGCAACCAUUGGUCUACAGGACAUCACUUUAGAUGAUGUGAACGAGAUAAUUGGGAGAGAUAUGUCCCAGAUUUCUGUUUCCCAAGGAACGGAGGUGAGCAGACAGACUCCCCUCCCAGGUCCUGAGUCCCUGGAUUUAGGAAGAUCUACCGGGCUUUAACACUGCACACUGCAGCCUUGUGUCUACCACCAACUUCUCAUCAUGUUACUCUCCUUGGACCUUGGGUUUUCAACUCCCCGGCCUUCAGGACUGGCACCUGGAGUUGGACUUAUUAUUUGUGGGGAAAGCAACAUUCCUCCACCUCAGGCCUUGGAUAGAUGGUGUAAAAGAAGAGGAACAGCAUAGGCUGUUUGAGCUUUGGGAAAAUGAGCUUUGCUUUUUAUAUUUAAAUAGGAUACUUUUAUAUGAUGGGUGCUCUGAGUGUGAAUGCAGCAGGCUGUCCAUUUCAGAGGUGCUGCUUUUGUAGGUCCCCUGGUUACUUAGCUAGGAUUGGUGAUUUGUACUGCUUUGUGGUCAUUUGAAGGGCCCUUUAGUUUUGAUGAUAUUUUAAAAAUAGGAACUUUUGAUAAAACCUUUCAGAGGCAAAAAAAAAAAAAUGGAAAAAAAGAAAAGGAAAAAAUUAUCCCAAGCCCACACCUAUGCUUCAGAAACUCAACAUGUAUCCUGAAGGCUUUCAUAGUUUCAUAGGAAAUAAAGCCAAAUGUAGCUCAUACCUCUUCAUAAAAGCAAACUGUUGUUAGAUGAAAUAAGAAGAAACCAUUCCAUCAUUGAAGUGUUGGAAUAUAAGAAGACAUUCCAGAGCAUAGCCUUUUUGUAACUUUCUAGGUAAUCUUCCUGCAGUUUCUCCAUACUGGCUCCAUGUUCAAAUUGUUUUUUUCCCUCAGGACCUUGGGUAGAGUGGCCAUAAGUAAGGUGACUUUCUUUGAAAGGUGGGGUUUUAGCUUGGUUGCUUUCAUUUCCUGCCAUCCUAAAAACUAGUAAGUGUGUUCUCAGGUCUCAGAACCUUUUCCAGACAGGAGCAUCUGUAUUUGGCCAUUCUGUAACCUUCGAAGCCACAGUGCCAUGGUGGUUUGAGCAGUGUUGCAGUUCUGAAUCCUCUCUAGAGGCUAGGCUGUGUCAAAAACUAAACACAGCUGAUCAUCAAGACAAGCAGAGAAAAUCCAAGGCUCCAGAUGGGAAGAUUUUAAGAUUCACACAAGCAUGGGAGGCUUAUUUCCUCACUCUGUUUACAGCCUGAAAUGAUUCUGGCCUACUCUGCCCUGUCUGUAUAACCCCCCACCCCCCAAAAAAAACACUUUUCCCCCAGAAGGCUUUGAGCACACCCAAACACAAUCUUCUGACCUUCCACACCAAAGACACCCUGGUGCUGCUACCAUGAGACUGGCAUCCAAGGCAGGGGCCAGCAGAAGCUCCAACCUGCUGUCUACCAAAGGAGAUGCCCAAGUUGGGUACUUUUUUAAAAGCCUGCCCUCCCCUCUCCCCAAUGCAAUGUUAUUUCCUGGGCCUGUUUCAAAGCCCCUGAAGUUUGCAUUAUGUUUGCAGAUGAAAUAAGGUACUUUCAUUUAUUCAGGAAGCAGAUUCUUUGAGUGCCUAUAGAUGAGACAGCAUGCUGGGCUGAUUGAAGGUUUGAUGCUGUUAUUCCAGGGGAUUGGAGGCCCUAGAUACUGAGACUUAACUCUACUGAGGCCAGUGUAGGCCUGGCAAGGGGACCACCUCAUUGCCUACCACAUUUUACAUUUUGUCAAUAGGGUAGGAGCUAUUUACCCAGGAUGAGAAGUAUGGUCUUAAGAGAAGAAAAAAAAAUCCUGUUUUAGAUUUCUCCCCUAAAAGUAAGAGAAAAAUAUCUGUCCUUCAGCAAAUCAUUCUGGUCCCUCUUGAAGCUGGGUGCUUCCAAAUUUUCUUUGAAAGUGCAUCUUAUAUCACAGAGUAUAAGAUGGUAAGAUUCAUUUCAGGGCCUCUGGUUGGAAGCUCACAGCUUCCUUUGGAGGGUUAGGAGGUUGGCCUCUCAGAUGAAAUUCCAGAGACACAGCCAGACUUGCCUCUAUCCCUUUGCCCAUAGUGUAGCUGCCUCAUAUGAGGGAUCCUAUAAAAGCUUCCCUCACAAGACCCUGUGGGGGCUGUUUUGCUCCCCUCAAGAAUAAAAGCCUCUAUGAUCCAGAGUUGCUAUGCACCAAAUUUUGAUGCCUUUUAAAUACCUUGAUGCCUGUAGCUCUAGAAAUGCUUUCCUAUUUAAAAGAAAAGUUAAAUUUUAAAAUAGAGCUUUAUAUACUAUGUAAGCAGUUUUAUAUCAGCUUUGUAAAAGCUCUGGUAUAAAAGUCAAUAUUUUUUGGCUUUGUAGAUAAAGAUUUUAAUUUUUAUGCAACAGGUGGUAUUAAAGCACACAGCCAUUAUACUAUGCAAAGUGAUUUCUAGUAGCAGCACUCACCCCUUCCUUUUGCAACCCGUGCUAGGUCUUGGGUUAAGGAAUAGAAUGAGCAGCCUUCUGCUUACUGGAGAUGCACAGAGAAACAUGGCUGAAAACAGCUUUAAAAAGAACAGAUGUCUUUGAGUUCAUGUGUGGUGCUGCCACCUAAGUUGCAAACCACCCUACCCAGGGCCAGCCACUGUCACCAGACCUCUGCUGGGCCUGGCUGUGAAGCCCUAUUUUUGAUAUUCAGAACAGAUCUUUAAGGCUCACACAGGCUCAAGUUGAAACCCUGUAUUUUAUAAAAAUGGAUGUUUAGUAAAGGAACUGGUUUUCAGUUAUGUUUACAGCACUUGGGAUUGUGUUUUCUUGUACAUUUUGUAUUUCAAAAUCUUUUAUAGGAGUGCAUUGCUCCUUAUACAAAUACAAAGGGAAGAAGAGCCAGCAGUUCAGGCUCCACAGUUAAUAGUGCUGAAAUAAUAAACGGUGGCAGGUCAAAAGU